UGAAUGUGUGUUUGAAAAUGAUCUUGUAGCAAACCAGAAAAUAAAUUUAUGGUUGUCAAACAGGCACUCAAUUUCUAUGCUAUUGCCCAAAUUUUAUUUUGUGAUUUUUAUUUUGCUUGUGUGUGGAGCACAACUUUUGCAGUCAAUUGUCUUCAUUUAUUGAUGAAAUUAGCUGCUCAAAGUUUGUUCUUUUUGACUUUUUCAUGGCUGUCUUCAGCAGGAUCGACUUUUCCCCUUUCUUCCUCUUGUUGUGCGGCGAGUGUUGUUUUGCUUCUUAAAAUUAUUCUUCACACUAAGCCUUAUCCAAAGAUUCUUUGAUCAAUAGAAACUAUUGAAACUUCAAUCUUUAUUUUUAUAUUUAUACCUUUUCUCCUGCAUAGCCAGUUUACUCGCAUCCAAAAUUGUAUGCAAUUAAUAUAGGUCUGACAACUCUAUUUUCCUGCCAUCUUUGGAUUGGCAUGCUUGACAUGACACAUGGCUGUAACAUAAAAUUGAAAAAGCUAAAUAUCGAAGGAAUUUAUUUCUGUUCGUCUCAGUCUGAAAUCCAAAAGGGAUUGCGUAGGACAAUGUGAAAAGACUGGAUGUGUAGGGGAGAGAUGCUUUCUGCACUGCAAAUUCUCCUCAGACAGUUCUUCCCUCGAUGGCCCUUGGUACAUGCAAGAGCCUCUUUACUUGCAGUGGAAACAAUGGGAUUGCCAGAGUGAUUGCCGCUACCAUUGUAUGCUUGAUAGAGAAAAAGAAAGAGCAGAACUUGGUCACGGCCCUUUUAAAUAUCAUGGCAAGUGGCCUUUCCGACGUCUGUAUGGUUUCCAGGAGCCGGUUUCUGUAGGUCUUUCAGCUCUCAACCUUGCAAUGCAUUUCCAUGGCUGGCUUUCUUUUUUCAUCCUUCUUUACUACAAGUUGCCACUAAAACCAGAUAAGAGACCAUGCUAUGAUUAUACUGGCCUGUGGCAUAUCUAUGGGUUCUUGUCCAUGAAUUCAUGGUUCUGGAGUGCAGUCUUCCACAGUCGAGAUGUGGACUUGACCGAAAAGCUAGACUACUCAUCAGCAGUUGCCUUACUCGGAUACUCACUUCUUUUGGCCAUAGUGAGAAGUUUCAGUGUGAGGAACGAAGCUGCAAGGGUCAUGGUUGCUGCUCCACUGGUUGCUUUUACGACUACCCACAUAUUGUACCUUAACAACUAUAAAAUGGACUACGGGUGGAAUAUGAAAGUGUGUGUUGUGAUGGGCGUCACUCAACUUCUCGUUUGGGCAAUGUGGGCCGGGGUUACCCGUCAUCCUUCUCGCUGGAAGCUGUGGAGUGUGGUUGUAGGAGGUGGCCUGGCGAUGCUGCUGGAGAUCUAUGACUUCCCUCCUUACGAAGGACUGGUCGAUGCCCAUGCUCUUUGGCACGCUACCACUAUCCCUCUAACAUACGUCUGGUGGAGUUUUAUCAAGGAUGACGUUGAAUACCGAACAUCUAGCCUACUCAAGAAGGUAAAAUAGCAUGUAUUCCCGUCUUAACAGACGACCCCAAAUGGGUUGCUUUUAGACCGAAAGCGUGGCCGGAGGAGCCACAGAAUGUAUCUUUCUCGACUGAAAUGCAUGUCACUGAAUGCACUAGUCUUUCCGGCAAAUAUAUUAGCAAGAGAUUGGAAGUUUUUAUGAUUUUUGGUUGUUGCUAGAAUCGUAUAUCGUAAACUUGUUGACGAACUUUUACAUUA